UUCCUCAUUAUUUCUGAAGCUUUUGUCCAUAGUGGAUUUCAACAUACAAUAAUCCUAUACCAUGCUGCUUUCAGAAUUGCCUCCAGAGAUUGUUUAUCUUAUUGCAAAGAAUCUUCCCACAGCCAGUGCUUUGGCCCAUUUGGCUCAGACCUGUCACCGUUUGCAUGAGAUUGUCGCUGGCGAGGACUGGUGGAUCUUUCGAGCGUUCGUCCACAGCCAGUUCCCGGGUAUACAGACACCCCCAUUCUGGAAGGACGUUGCUCAGGCUCUUACCUCUCGUUCGCGAGCAUUAGACCGACAUGGGAUUAUUGGUCGCUUUAUCCUCCGUCCAGCAGUGGCAGGUGAACUGGGGGGCUCCCGGCAAGCGACUCGGGGUGAUAACCCAACGCACGGGUAUCGACCUGCCAUCGAUUCCUAUGAAAUUUGGAACGGCUCAAGCUGGCACGACCGCAAAGAGGUUCUGGCCUGGGGUGCUGCACAUGAGCUAUUCUUACGUGUUAAACAGUAUGGACGCAAUCAAGAGCAGGAAUGGGUCAUUUUCAACGACUUGCAACACAUCAGUAGUCAUGAUGAUAUUUGCGGAAUCCAUAUUUUGAGACCCGAACAUGCAUCCAAAACCUCAGAGCAGGAGCAUUUGAUUCUUGCGCGGAUGCGUGGUGAACUUAUCCACCUUGCGAUUGCGCCAAAGGACCGCACCCAUGAGUAUCGGCAGAAAUUUAUCACUGAUGGCUUGGAAAUUGAGCGAACUGACAUGAGCGAUGGCCUGGAGCCUAUUCUUGCUGCGCAUUUAGGCAAUGGGACGGUGGCUUUCUAUAGCACAACGACGGGAGAUCCCGAAGUGGAGGCUUUCGCGCGCCUUCGAAUCAACGCAGAGGGCUCUGUGCGUAACAAGUGCUCGAAGUUUCUAUCCUCAACUCACUUUGCUGUUGGCACGGGGCGUUCCGAAGAUGCAAUCGCUAUUUCCACCAUCUCCCAAGCGAGAGUGUCACUAGAUCGCGAAAUCAGCGCCUUCGACCUAGAUACCUCUUAUGGUCUAUCAGUGAAAAACAACGUGACUGCUCUAGCUCCCCUCAAUGGACAAAUUGUCGGAGGCUCGCCAGGAACUGCCUUUCUUGCAGCAUGGGGCGAUGGCGCUGUUAGACUCCACGAUCUCCGCUCACAUAGAUCACACGAGAUGACUUAUAAAGACAUAGCAGACGAGAACCCUACUUACUGUAUCCAUCCAUUUGGCCACGAUCGCUUCAUCGCCGGCGCGGGAGGAGACGCUGUCGUUAAAAUAUUCGAUUUGCGUAUGGCAAAAACAUAUAGCUAUCAAACAGCAAGAGCAAAUUCGCCCAAAAUGACCCUUCCAAACCGGCCUACUUACCCUAGCAAAGACUUCUCUAUAUUCCUAUCUCAUCUCCCACCUACCCCACUAAAUACCCUAUCCCGGCACCGUGGCACUAGAAAUCGUUACCGCGGCCCAAUCUACACCAUGUCAUCCCCCUCACUACUUUCCCCGACAAUCUACACUGGCAUAGCCGGUGGCAUUCUCCAGCUCCACUUUGUUUCCACCGACGACUUAGCCGGCUCUAAUGGAGACUGGUAUCGCGAUUCCUUUGACCUGAGGUCAGAAGCCACCAGAUUCGGACCUUUCCCCAACGACACCCUCGACUUGUCUGGUUACGAGCGGCCGGACAGCAAGGACACGACUACUUGUUCCAAACUCAGGACCCAGCAGCCGUACGCUUACGUCGGUGACGACGAUGUCGCUAAUGAGAUGUCUACUGGAUGGGAUAGAAGGUGGAUACCGCUGGAGAGACCCGGGGUGUGGAGACGCCAGGAUUAGGUUUGAAGCCCUGCUCAUUUAGUUGACAGAGAUAUUCGAGUUGUGAUUCCCGCAUUGUAGUCACUUGUUUUUUCUUCUUCUUCUUCUUCUUCUUCUUCUUCUUCUUCUUCUUCUUCUUCUUCUUCUUCUUCUUCUUCUUCUUUCUACUGCUUUGCUACCAAUUUCUCAAGUCCUGUGCUUGAAUGAUGUUUGCUUCGC